UUCCCAAAUUUCACCAUCGACCAGGGGGAAAACUUUUCAGAAGUAGAACUCAUCAACUCAACUUCACUAUACUGACUGAAGAUCAUGAUUUCCCGGGAUUAUAUUUCCUUCUUCUUCCUCGUAGCCGCCGCGAUCUGCUCCUCUCUCCAGGUUAAUGCUGAUCCAUCAUUCUCCAAGUCCCCCUUCUCCGUUGCUCUCGAUACACUUCAAGCUCAAAUCAACUAUACAUUUGAGAAUGUUGGGUUGCUUCGACGUGCUAUGACGCAUUCCUCGUACUCAGAGGAGAAUAACAAAGCUCUCAGCAUCCUGGGGGAGAAAGUGAUCGAGACUUCGGUGUCAAUGCUGUUGCUAGUCCACAACAUUGACACUUCCUCCAGCGAUCUGAACGAUAAGAUUUCCCAAGUGUCAAAGGUGGAGACUUCAUGUGCAGGAGAUGGAAUGCGGUUGAAUUUGCAGAAUAUAGUUAGAGUUUCGUCCAAUACCAAUUCCUCAACUCCUUCAGUGGUGUGUGGAGCUUUCCGGGCAAUUCUUGGGGCAGUUUCUUUGGACACAGAGAGUACAGACAGUGCUGGCAAGUUGUUUCUGAAAAUUCAUGCUUGGGGAGCUUUGGCAAUGUAAGUGAAGUGACAUCUUGCUAAUCAUCUUCAAAUGGUAGGUAUUGGAAUCUUGCUUGAUGCCUGCCUGCCUGCCCAAAUAAUAUAUAUAUAUAUAUAUAUUAGUAGGUAUGUAAGUGAAGAGCAAUAGAACACUGAUUAGUUUUAGCAUAUGGUCUUGAAUUGGUUGUGGAUUGGAGUGACCUACUUACUUAUCCUGUAUUAUAUUAUGAACCUACCUGGAGUCCACAUAUAUAUAAGUGUUUAUGUGUUUCAAUCUAAUGCUAAUGCUUUGUUAUGGAUAAAA